CCCAAUGGCACUCGCAUUAAAGUCACACUUCUAAUCUCUCAAAUUUUCUAUCGCUCUAAUCCGAUCGUACCUUGAAGAUGUCGGGCCGUGGAAAGGGAGGCAAGGGAUUGGGCAAGGGAGGAGCCAAGCGGCACAGGAAGGUUCUCCGAGAUAACAUUCAGGGAAUCACCAAGCCUGCUAUUCGUCGUCUGGCUCGUAGAGGUGGUGUGAAGAGGAUCAGUGGGUUGAUCUAUGAGGAGACUCGUGGAGUAUUGAAGAUCUUUUUGGAGAAUGUGAUCCGUGAUGCUGUGACCUACACUGAGCACGCGAGAAGGAAGACGGUUACUGCUAUGGAUGUGGUUUAUGCAUUGAAGAGGCAGGGAAGGACUCUAUACGGGUUCGGUGGUUAAACUUCAAAUCUUUUUGGUGUAAUUAGUAAAUUAAAUGUUCUAGUUUGGGGAUUUUAUGUGUUGUAGUAGGAUAGUUAAUGGUUUUUGUAACUCUUGCUUUUAAUGGCAACUUUAUUGCCUGUAAUUCGUGCUUUGAAUUACAACUUCAAUGAAAUUGGGUUCAAUUCUGUUGAA